AUGAAAGGGAAUUCAUAUUAAUCAAACUCAAUGAUUGCCAUUUAAGGAUUAGUUUACCUUCCUCAUGGAUUCUAUUUGGGAAUUGCCCAAAUACCUUACCUCUAGACUUAUGAAUAGAUGUUUAAAGAGAAAGGAGAAGAAGUUGUAAAAUAAGAGGUUAAAGAGGAGUAUGAUUCAGAAUCUGUUAAAAGGGAGUACGAAUCUGAAUCUAUUGAAGCUUGUAAAAAAAACAUAAGAAAAUUCAGUCCUUAUAUCUGGCCUGGAGAGACAAAGAACUAUUAUAAAAAUAUUGGAAAAAAGUUAGCAUCAUUCAUUACAAAUAGUUUUGACUAAUCUUAUGUCAGAGAAGACCCAUUUGUUAACUAAUUUGUGAAAAUGUAGGGGUAAAAUUACAACAGAAUUCAUUUUUAAAAGCUAUUUACUUCAAAAAUUGCUCGGAGAAUAGCAACAGAAUUUUUUGGAAAUUAUCAAUGGUGUUCCCAAUUUAUUUUGUAGAAUAAAACUGAACUCGGGUUGUACUUAAGACAUAACAAGUAGAUGUAUAAAAGGAAAAGUUAGUCAAAAAAAUGA